AUGGACUUUGCUAAAUAUCUUAGCUGCCUUCUCAAACCCCAAAAUCAUAGACUCAAGGAACUCAAUGGACUGCUGCUUAACUGUUUGGUUAUAUUCCUUUUCAUAUUCUCUUUUUGCUCUUGUUCUACUGAUACCAUUUCUAUUCACAAACCCCUAAGAGAUGAUGGUCAGCUUCUUGUUUCUAAAUCUAAAACUUUUGCUCUUGGAUUCUUCACUCCUGGAAAAUCCACCUCUCGCUAUGUUGGAAUUUGGUACUACAAUUUGCCAAACCAAACUGUUGUUUGGGUUGCAAACAGAGAUACUCCAAUUAAUGAUACUUCUGGAAUCCUAUCAAUCGACCCGAGUGGAAAUCUAGUACUCCACCACAACCUCAGCACCAUUCCCAUUUGGUCUACCAAUGUUUCAUUAACACAAUCACAGAUAAAUAGCACCAACGUUGUAGCUCAACUAUUGGAUAUAGCAAACUUUGUUCUGAUGUUAAACAACACCAAAACUGUCAUCUGGGAAAGCUUUGAUCAUCCAACAGACACCAUGCUUCCAUAUCUAAGGGUUGGUUUUGAUAGAAAAACUAAUCAAAGCUGGUUCCUUCAAUCAUGGAAGACAGAUGAUGACCCUGGAAAAGGUGCAUUCACAGUGAAAUUCAGCACCAUUGGUACACCUCAGUUUUUUAUGUACAACCAUGAUCUUCCUCGGUGGCGCGGUGGACCCUUGAACGGAGCACUAUUAGCAGGUAUACCUAAUGCGAAACGAGCUAGGACCAUUUUUAAUGUUUCUUUUGUUGGAGAUGACAACUCUGUAGCAAUUUCAUUUAACAUGAUAGAUAAGUCUGCCCUUACUAGAACAAUUGUAGAACAGUCUGGUUUCAUUCAAACACUCACAUGGGACAAUCAAAAAAGUCAAUGGAACCAGUUCUAUAUAGAACCAACAAACCAAUGCGAUAACUAUGGAACAUGUGGAUCAAACAGUAAUUGUGACCCUUUGAACUUUGAGGAUUUUAAGUGUUCUUGUUUACCCGGGUUUGAACCCAAAUUUCAACGUGAUUGGUAUGAGAAUGGAGAUGGGUCAGGAGGGUGUGUAAGGAAGAAAGGUGCAUCUGUUUGUGGGAAUGGAGAAGGCUUUGUCAAAGUUGUAGGCUUGAAAGUUCCUGAUACAUCUGUGGCAGUUGCUAAAGGUAGUUUAAGUUUGGAAGAAUGUGAGAAAGAAUGCUUGAGAAACUGCUCUUGUACUGCCUAUGCAACUGCUAAUGUGAGGAAUGGUGGAAGUGGGUGUGUGGCAUGGCAUGGGGAUUUAAUGGACAUUCAAAAACUAAGUGAUCAAGGCCAAGAUUUAUUUUUACGUGUCGAUAAAGUUGAACUCGCAAAUUACUAUAAAAAAAGCAAAGGACACUUCGAGAAAAAGAGGUUGUUGGCUGCAAUUCUGAUAGCUUCGUUUGUUGCAAUUGUCCUCCUCCUCUCCUGUUUGUAUUUCAUGAGAAAGAAAAAAAGAAAUGAAAAAAUAAUGCGGCAAUUAAACCAAGAUUCCUCUGGAGAAGAGAAUGGUGCUCCACAUCCAAAUCUACCAUUUUUCAACUUUAAGACGAUAAUGACAGCUACAAGAAAUUGUGGUCAUGAGAAUAAGCUUGGACAAGGUGGAUUUGGCUCAGUCUAUAAGGGUUGCUUGGUUAAUGGACAAGAGAUAGCAGUGAAAAGAUUAUCCAAAGAUUCAGGUCAAGGCAAAGAAGAGUUUAAAAAUGAAGUUACACUUUUAGUUAAACUCCAACACAGAAAUUUAGUGAGAUUGCUCGGUUGUUGCUUUGAAAAAGAAGAAAGGAUGCUAGUUUAUGAAUACCUACCAAACAAAAGCCUAGACUUCUUUAUAUUCGAUCUAAACCAAAGGUCGUCAUUGGAUUGGGGUAAGCGUUUUGAAAUUAUUUGUGGGAUUGCUCGAGGUGUUUUAUAUCUUCAUCAAGAUUCAAGGCUGAAAAUAAUUCAUAGAGAUCUAAAGGCUAGCAACGUUCUUCUUGAUGCUGCAAUGAAUCCCAAAAUAUCAGAUUUUGGUAUGGCUAGAAUAUUUGCAGAAGAUGAAAUCCAAGCAAGAACAAAAAGAUUGGUUGGAACAUAUGGAUAUAUGGCACCAGAAUAUGCAAUGGAAGGACUAUAUUCAACAAAAUCUGAUGUCUUCAGUUAUGGGGUCUUGCUACUAGAAAUUAUUGCUGGACAAAGAAACUCACAUCGUGAAAAAGAAAGAUCCUCCCCAAAUUUAAUUGGACAUGUGUGGACACUAUGGACAGAGGAAAGUGCCUUGGAUAUAGUUGAUCCAGCACUGAACCAGUUUUAUCCCUCUGCUAUAGUUCUGAGAUGCAUUAAAAUUGGACUAUUGUGUGUGCAAGAAAAUGCCGUGAAUAGACCAUCAAUGUUGGAAGUUGUUUUCAUGCUAUCCAACGAAACACCUCUCAUCCCACCUCAAAAACCAGCUUUUUUAUUCAAUGGCAACCAAGAUUUGCAAGAAUCUUCAACAUCAGGAGGAGGUUUUUCAAUAAAUGAAUUAACAGAAACUACCAUUAGUGCUCGUUAA